AAAAUAACCACUAAACAUUAAUGAUUUUGCACUAAACUCAACUCAACUCAAACCUAAAACGAAAGAACAUAAAACUGUAUAGUGCAUCUGGACCAUAUAAUUUCUAAGGCAGACACAAAUAAUUUCCAUAGAAAUGUUAAAUACUGCUUUGUUUGUUAAUAAUACAUUACCAGUAUUUUGUCAAACCUUCAGAAGAUACCUAAACAACAAUGUGGCUAGUAUUACAAAGGUUCACAGAGAUAUUUAUACAAGAAUGUAUCCCACUAUAGUCGUUCUUUCUGAUGGAUCUUCAAUAAAUAUCAGAUAUCAUGAACCCAGGCGAAUAAUAAAGUUACCUUUGGAUUUAUCUGAAUUGUCUGAAGACGAAAGAAAGGCUAGACUAGAGAAAAGGAAGCCUAAAAAGAAGGUCAAAAUAACAGAUGACAUUCAAGAUGAUUUUAAUGCAAAGAAGUAUUUGAAAUAUUUAAAGAAAUAACUGUGUAAAGUUCUUUAUUAGUAUAUAGUAACAUUAUUUAGUUAGUAAAUAAAUAAUUAUACAAUAU